UAACGUAAUAAAAUUUCUAAACUAAAAUUAUACUUUUGAAAAUCAUAAAAUUAUAUUAAGAAUAUUAAGCGUCGGCUUCACAGUUAUGGUGUUUUCGAUUUUAUAUGAAUCGUGUGGGACUUAUUGAAAAUUAAUAAAAUUGCGUAGUGCAAAUGUUCUGUUUGAAAAUCAAAAGUUCGAAAAAUAAUUUGUGAAACAACAAAAAAUAGCUGCACUCAUGUUGGAAAAUCAACAACAUGAAAAUAUUAAUGACUUGGAUGAGCACUUCGCCUUAAAUUUAAUGCCUGAUGAUGAGCUAGAGAAUAGCUGUUCUCCAAUAUGGAUGUAUAAUAUAGGUGAAGCCUUUGCUGAUAUUUCUGCAACUGGUCAAUUACCCGAUGGCUAUGCAACAAGUGUAGGUUAUGGACACCGUUUUCGAAAUAGUGAAUUUCUACCACUAUUCACACACUAUCCAAUAAUUAUUUAUCUGCUUAUUCUCGGCAUUAUCAUAACAUUAGCAGGCUUAGCAUUUGCCAUUUAUCGUUUUCGUGCCGGUACACCACUUUACCGUUACAUGAAUUGUGAAAUGAGUGAUGAAUUGAGCAAAUGGUUUUGUAUUUGCUAUGUUUUAGUGGUAAUAAUUUGCGUGAUUUUAAUCAUCGCUACCGCAAUGAUGAUCACUGCUAACCGUAAUAUCCGCAAAGCGAAAGCAGAACGCAGAUGGCGUCUAAAGUUGGCCGAUGAAAGUGUCACUAAGAUCAUAAAAAAAUUAGACGAUAUCAAUCUAACGGAACCCUUGGAGAAUUUCAAACAACUCUCAUUGAAAUUUCAGCACGCCGUAGAAAAUGCAACUCCGCUACCUUUACAUGGAAAUAUGAUUACUAGAGCAAACGAGGACUUUGGGAGCUAUAAAAAUGACAUUGCUGAAUUAUUGGAAAUAUUUUCAGAUUGUAAUGCAUAUUUGUUGCACUUCUUGGAUUCCUGGCGUUACUAUGAUACAAACGCGACGAAAUUUGCAAAGCAUGUAGAUACUAUGGAAAGUCGGUAUGCUUUAGAAUCGGUGCGAAACGUGAGAACUGAUUUUUCUAAUGUCGUAUAUAAGGUCAUCCAACAAAAUCGUGCAUUCUACCAUUAUCAUCAAGGAAUCCACCGUUCAUCUGCAGAGAUGCGUUCUGAACAAGUUUUUGAGAAAGAGGAAACAAAUCUCGAUUUGAUUUUAGAAAAUGUGAAGAAGAAAUUGGGAAAAAUUGGCAAAAGACUCCAAGAGCAUAGCAUUAGAAUGAAGGAAGCUAAGGAAAAUUUACGUGAUGCCCCAAAAGGUGCCGGUUACAUCGAAUUUGCUGAUACACUUUUAGGAUUUGGAAAUUUUAUAUGCAUAAUAAUAUUGUUGAUAGUCUUUCUCUCCCUGCUCUCCAUGCCCCUUUGGUAUUGGGGAAGAUUUUAUUGUUGCAAAUGUGAAUUUGUAGCAAGUGUUUUGCCACUGACCACUACAGCUGUGAUAUUUACAUUUUAUCUACCAUUUGUAUUGGUCAUCGUGUAUUACUUCCUCUACGGGAUGGUGGCAAGAGAUGGUAUUUGUGGCGGGAAGCGCCCUCAGGCCUUGCACCGAUCCAACAUAAUCGACGACUGCCUGAAUGGCACGGCCAUAUUCGAAACUGACGCUUCAGCCGAAUAUAGAAUUGAGACGGGAAAUAUUGAAGCGGUUUUAAGUGAGUUGGAAAAUCUGCCGCAUCGUAUGAAGCGCCGCUCGACGCCAAUCAACGGAAAUCGCACCUCCAAAUUUGAAAUAUUUCACAUCAACAAAACGAUCAUACAAGAUAUCUAUGUGGAGAUGCUAAAAGUAUCAGUUUACGCGCCGAAAAAUAUCGAGCCCUUCGCCACACUCUGGCAAGCCCAUCGGUUGAGCGGCAAUAGAGCUUUACGUGGAUUAAACUGCACACAUGCAAUUGGCAAUACAAUGGUCGUAUCAUUACACGGACAAAUCGCUAACGAAAUGGAUAAAUUGUAUAGAAUGACAUGGCGCAUUGAAUCAUUGCUUCAAGAUUUACCCCACCGACCGCAGGAUCGCACAUCGGAUUCUAACACGAAUUUUAGUAGUGUGUUCGAUUUAUCGAGAAAUUUACGCCGGAUCUUCAAUAAGGAAAGAGAGCAGUUGGAUCGGAGCGUAUAUCGCACGAGUCAUUCAAAUGUUGGUAGCUGUAAGACCGUCGCGCUGCUUUAUAAGACACUGGCCACGGUUGGUUGCGACUGUCUGGUACCAUCAAUGAAUCUCUAUUGGUUUGGUGCACUUGUGGCAGUUUGUCUGAUUUCGCUGCUCCUCCCACUGCUAUUGUGCCAAGAAGAAAUGAUUCGAAGAAAACGGUCAGAUAGUGUACACUUCGCAUAUAUAGACCCAGAUGGUAGAAGACAUUCGCAAACACGAAGCUCUAGUCGGCCAGGUACAUCACAUUCCACACACAACAGUUAUACACCAUAUUCAACACGCACCGGCACUCCGCAAUCGAGCAAACAGGAGGGUUCGCCACAUUCUUUGCGACACUAUUCGCAACAUGAUAUGCGAAACUCUUCGCCAUACUUUGAACGUCGUUCUACACUUUACUCCGAUCAUGUGGAUACACCAUACGCCAGUCACACAAACACACCAUAUUCCACACGAGCAACCACACCGUUUUCUAGUCACCCCGAAACACCAUAUAAUUCGCACCCAGUCUCACCACAUACCAGUCAAUGCGCGACACCGGCGCCCAGUCGCCGUGGCUCAUCACAUUCCAGUUAUUAUGGUACACCGGACAUAAAUAAAAACGCCUCACCUGAAACAUCGCAUUCCACACGCGACAAAAGUAUCGAACGAACUCCCACCAGGGGUACAAGCUUAGCUUUAAAACUUCCACCCGAUAAUGAAUCAUUUUUAUCGGACUACAAACGUUUUGGUGUAGAAGAUCCUUUUGUUCAACAAUUUACAGAACGUUUGAGUCGACGUGAUAUGUUACCACGCCGCCAACAACGGAAACAGCAAUACCCUAGUGAGGCACAACAUGACUUAAGAGAUUACUCCAAAUACGAAUCCUUCCCGGAAUCGUCUACAAACGGCGAAGGGAAGCUUCUACGCACGUUGAGACCAAACAAGUUACACAUAGAGCCGAGAAGUGUGUGGAAGAAUGCCGCGUUUCGUUAUCCCGGUUUGGCAAGCAGUGACAUUAGCGCGAAUCAACCAACUCGUAUGCCUACAAGUAUAUCAAAAGUUAUAGAACAACGUGCCAAAAGUCGCUCAAAACACAUGUCGACCCAGCUGAUACCGCAGGAGGAGGCGAAUGUGACAAUUCUCAACGAACCCACAACUAGUCGUGCGAAUGCGCAAUUACAAUUUCCACCUGGCAAAAUUGGCAUCGUUGUAUGUCCUUGCGGUUGUGGUAAGCCCUCGAAAAUCUAUGGCACAAGAGAGGAUAUUGAGCGCAUUAGAAAAGCGGGACACGUUUGUAUUGCAAAGCGGAGUGCACAACUGCGGAAUAAACACCUCAGACCUUUGGCAUCGGUUGUGCAGUUGGAGGAGGCAGAUGAGGGAGAUGAGGAUAUGGCGUAGUGUUGUUUUGAAUUUGGGAAUAUUUAUUUUUAUAACAUUGUAUAUAUAUACAUAUAUGGAUAUAAUAAAAUUUUCAUAUAUCUAUAA